AUGAAAAUAAUUCAUAACAUUAGUAUAUUAACUUUAUUCGUGCUGGCAAUAUGUGGUCUAUUAAGUAAUGAAUUAAGACCAAUUUUUGGACCUAUUUUAAUAUUGUGUGAAUCUGAUAGUUUUGGAAAUAACGGUAACAAAAAGUUAAACAGUAAUAAUAAUCAUAUCAUAGAUACUAACAACUAUUGGAAUAAUCCAUAUAAUAGCAGAGUGUAUAAUAAAUGGUGGGACGAUAAUUGGGAAGGAGAAUCUAAAGAUGAUGUAGUUUUAAAGGAUUCUAUUGAUACAAUUUUAUCUUUUACAUCUAAAAAAAAACGAGAUGUUGUACUUAAACACAUUGAUGAAUUAUUAAGUGGUCGAUAUAAUGAUUUAAAACCAAAAAGAGUAUUAAUAAGAAUUUCAAAUAUAUUGAAAAAUGGAAAUGUUGAAAGUUUAUGUAAUGCUAAUAAAUCAUUUGUUGUAAUUGGUUUACCUCAUGUUAUAUUUAAUUGCGAUAUAUUUUAUGAUAUAAAAUUAGAAACCAUAAAUAUAUUAAUUAAAAAUAUAAUAAAUAAUUUAAGUGAGUGUGAAUAUAAUGUCCAAGGCAAUGAUGCAAGCUUUAUAACAAAUGGAUGUGUAUCUCAAUCUGAUAAAGAUAUAAUAUAUGGAAAAAUUGAAAAUAGUGAAUCUAUAGUAAAAGAAGGAAUGUCUCCAAGUAAUUUUUUUUAUAAUGCUAUGAUGCAUUGUUCUGUUGACAAUUUAGGAUCCGGAGAAAAAACAAUGAUUUGUGUUCAAAAAGAAUUAGCAACAAAAAAUGUCCAAUUAUCAAAUACUUGUUCAGAAUGUUUUAAAGAAUCUGUAGAUUGUGGAAAAUCAAAUUGUUGGUUAAAAUGUUUAUUUGGAGAUCCAUGUUCAAAUAAAUGUUAUAAUUGUGGCUUGGCUUAUUGUAAUAUUGAUUUGGUCAAGUGUACAGGACUUUCUGAUCUUCCCGCUGCGUGUGUGUAA